AUGAUAGCAAUCAUUUGGGCUUCAUCCAUUAUCUUGACACUCAUCAUCAACAUAUACGUGAAAUGUCGCUUCGUAUACUGGAGUUUACUGAAUGCAUUCGUUUUUGUUACAGAUGAGGCAUCAGAAUUCAAUGCCCGCUCCUUUUAUUUCACCAAGAAUCUUGGCACUUUUGUAUUAACAAUCUCAGUCGAUUUCAUAACUAUACUGGCAGUGAGGAAUACGUCAAAUAAGCUUGCAAAUAAGAGCAGGGAAUUUCAUGUAAGACGAUCAAGAGAACUAAACCUACUAAAGCAGGCUGUCGCUCAAGCCGCUGCUUUUGCGGCUCAAAUUUUCAGCAUAUCCUGGUUGGCAUGGCAGUUUGAUAAUGGAUGGGCAAUUUGGUCAUUUACUGUAGUAGCGUGGAACCUUCUGCAUUUGAUCGACCCAGUCAUCAUCAUAGCGUGCAACAAGGAAUUUCGUCGACUUAUCUUCUCCUUAACAAAGAUUUCUACUCAGCCACUGAAAUCUACUACUUCACUUCAUGCCGUAUUCCACUCGCGACAGAACACCUCUUGA